CUUCAUAGGCCCUUUGAAGCUGCAAAGCAUCGUUGUCUGGGGCUAAGAGCCCCUACGGUUUCCUUGCGCUUGUUAAUCAUGGCCAUGGCACACGAUACACUUGAACGCGAUGCCCUCUUUAAGAAGCUGAGGGCAAAGCCAGAGAACAAGGUCUGCUUUGACUGCCCAAACAAGAAUCCCACGUGGGCGUCAGUCCCCUACGGAGUUUUCAUCUGCCUCAACUGUGCGGGAAUCCAUCGCAGCUUGGGAGUGCACAUUAGCUUUGUUAGGUCGACUACUCUGGACUCAUGGACACAGGAGCAGCUAAAGCUGAUGGCUGCUGGUGGUAACUUGCGCGGACGGCAAUACUUCAAACAACACGGUUGGGACGAUGUCGGAUCGGACAAGAUAGAGGCAAAGUAUACUUCGCGCGCUGCUCAACUGUAUCGCGCGCUCCUGGAGAAGGAGGCGCAGAAGGCGACGGUUCAGACCUUGCAGCAGAGCAUUGCCCACGAAAAAGAUGGACACCGCGCCGACCAUCAAGGGGAGCUACCGGAUUUUAAACACAUUGAGCCGGAGCCUGCUGUCCCCGAGGCUCUGUCCGCGAUAGAGGGGGAAGAGGCUUCUGGAGUGGAAGCGGCGAAGCCUGCCGUACCGAAGCCGGUGGCUACCGUCAAACCCCGCCCGGUGGCGAGCGGAAAGAAGCCAGCUGGAAAGCUGGGUUUGGGCGUGAAGAAGUUGGAGAGCAAGGUGGACGACUCAAUCUUUGCCCAGGCGCCAGCGCCUGAGCCAGUAAAGCCGGAACCUGGGGCUGCAGGGACGGCAGCAGCGGUUUCAACGAGCGGAGCUGCUACCGGAUCACGCUUUUCAUAUGACACGUUGACGGCGGACACACCUGGACUACAGCGUGGCAAGGACGGGCACUUAACCAUCGGAGGUGGCAUUGGCACGGACUUCUUCUCGGCCCCUGUGGCAAGGUCAACAAACCGCUCCGGCGGUGGUGCUCCUCCCAAGGCGGCAGAGCCGGCGGUGCAGGAUGAAAAGUUAAAAAAGAUGGCGAACGCCAAGGCCAUCUCCAGUCGCGACUUUCAGCAGCAGGACGCGGAGGCCGAAUACGAGCGCCAAGCGCGACUGUCCAAGUUCCAGAACGCGGCGGCCAUCUCUUCCGCAGACUAUUUUGGACGGGAGGAGUCUCGCGGCUCCGGUGCGGGCGGUGAUUUAGAUAUUUCGGCUGCAGAUAUCGUGAACCGCCUGUCAUUCCAGGCGAAGCAGGAUAUGCAGCAGAUGAAGCAGAUGGCUGCGGCCGCAACAAAGAAGUUCACAGGGAUGGCCUCCAAGCUCAUCGGCGACUUGAACCGGCUCAACGGCUGA